UCAUUAACGACCCCGACAUCAACGGCAGCUUCCAGAUCAACCGCGGACUCAAGGUGAGUGUAAACCUUGCAAGCUUCGUCGCUCUUUGCUGAGUGCUCGUCCAAUCCUUGCUGUUUUACUGCCUGUAGAUCGCUCGCCAGCUGCUCAUCGAACUGACCAGUCGAGGUGUGCCUGUGGCUUGCGAGGUCCUCGACACUAUCUCUCCGCAGUACACUUCAGAUCUGUACUCCUGGGGCGCCAUUGGUGCAAGGACGACAGAGUCUCAACUGCAUCGUGAGCUAGUCUCAGGUCUCUCCAUGCCCAUUGGGUUCAAGAAUGGUACCGACGGAGGACCGCAAGUCGCACUGGAUGCCAUCAGGGCUUCUGCCCAACCGCACGCAUUCAUGGGUGUCACAGCUCAAGGUCUGGCCGCUAUCGUCCGCACCACCGGCAAUGCCGAUUUGCACAUCAUCCACCGAGGAGGUGGUGGCAAGACGAAUUACGAUGCUGCUGCGAUCAGGAAGAGUGCGGAUGCUAUGUCGGCGCAGGGCAGACAACCAAGCAUCAUGGUCGACUGCUCGCACGGCAACAGCCAAAAGGAUCACCGCAAACAGGCGCUGGGCGUUCAAGCUAGUUUGUGAGCAGCUCCAAGCAGGCGAGCGAGCGAUCACUGGUGUCAUGAUCGAAAGCAAUUUGGGAGAGGGCAAUCAGAAAAUGCCAGCGAAUGGAGACCUCUCCUCGCUCAAGCGAGGCGUGAGCCUAACGGAUGCUUGCAUCGAUUGGGACACCACCGUCAAGCUUCUACAACAGCUUAACGAAGCUGUGCUUGCGAGGCGGAAGCUUUCAGAGGCUUCCUCUUGAGCUGCGCCUUGUCAAUAGCAAUUUCAUUGUGUUUCAUUGU